AUGCCGAAAACAAAGAUUCCAUCGCCAGCGCGAUCGCAGGGAGCAACAACACCAAAACGUAAUAAGAAGUUGCGAGGCAGCCGUAGUUUGUGCUCUCCAGCAUUAUCUACAGCUUCAGGCAGACUAACUUCCCUCAUAGACCAGUUCAAAGACAAGAAUAUGGAGUCCUUUGCCUUGUCGCCAUUGAAUAGAAGAUCCAUACUGAAUGAUGAUACAGCUAUUGAAGAACCACGGCGUAAAAGUUGGUGGAAAAAUUUGAAAGAGGAUUCUCACGAAAUUAUGGAAGUGUUGGAAGAUAAUAAAGUGGUUGAUGGUGGCAACAACGCAAUUGAAGAGCUCAUUGAUAUUGAAGUUUUGAGCCAAGAGAAGAAAGAAUACACCCUUGAUUUACCAGAGAGCAGUGACAACGAAUCAAUAAACAGCAUAGUGCUACCACAACGAAAACUCUUCACACAAAAAGAGAACAAACCACAAAAAAAGUUUGGCCAGUUCAAUGAUAAUCGAGAAACAUUGGCCAAACUACACAAGACCAACACACAAAGUGAUAAAACCGUAAAUGUUGGGACUAGAGAACUGUUCCAAAAUGCAAAAAGGUCGAAACCAAUAUUUCCUGCCGCCCUACUCAAUAUAUCUCCUAACAAAACAGCUGCAGACAAAACUAAAGAAAACAUACUACCAGAACCCAAAGUUAGAAAUAUCUUUGGCAAUCGACCAGCAAAUAAGAGGAAGAACAUGUUCGCCGACUUCGUAGUUUCUGAGAGUGAGGAUGAAAUACCAGAGAUACAGCCUCGAGUGUUUGGGUUUCAAAAGAAGCUGGAACAGCGACGAAUUAGUUCCAUAUCCAAAGGCAGAGAAGGGUCUCCAGCGUCUAGCAUCACUACUGAUAUGGAAAUGGAUGAUUGGAAGCUCCUACCAUCCUCAACAAUGGUGGAAAAUCAACUGGAAGACAUAGUGGCUGGUCGUACACCGAAACGAGCUAGACUCAGUAAAUUAUCGGAAGCUAAAGAAUCUGAAGCUGGAACUAACACUCUACGAACAAAUAGUACUGGUGACAAAACUAAAUUGUCAAAUAAAUCUGUAACUUCUAAAAACAAAUCUCCAGACAUAAAAGAUAAAUCGUUAAACAGCUCCAGAACCACGAGAAGUAUGUUGAAAAAUGCUUCGGUACUUGAAGAAAAAGCGAAACCUUCUAAACAAGAUACCAAAGCAAAUAAAACUCACAGUAAAAUAUCUUCCAAAGAUGACGAAUUAGAUGUCAGUUCGUCCAAAGCAACAAAUAAACAAAAUACCUCAUUGAACAAAUCUCAAAGACUAAAUAAGAGCAGAACACGAAACAGUUCAAAAUUAAUUGAAGAAGAAAUAGAAUCUGAUGAAAAUGUCGUUAAACAUGCAAUUAACGACGCAACACGAGUGAUAAGUAAGAAUGCUUCAAACGCUACAGGUGCUAGUAAAAGCAUAAAUGACAAAGAACGCACUAUAACUCUUAAAGUACAUGAUAAGGCAAGUGAGACUGGUUCUAAUAAGGAAGAAGAAGAGAACAACUUUAUAUUACAAUACGAAGAUGAAAUUGUAGAAGAAGGUGUAGACCACAAUGAAAUUAACGAAAACAAAACUAGUAAAAUCAAAACAAGGAAUACUAUUGUUAUAGAAAAAGAUAAUCAAGAAUCUGAAGUCGAUAAAUUGAAGAGUAACAAAUCUAUGCAAAAAGAACCUAAACCAGUUAAAACAGUUGAAGAAUCUGUAGAAUCAGGGAAUGAACAAUCUGGAAAUGAUAAUAUUGACGGUAAUGAAGCCGAGGUUGAACAGAAUCAUGAUAGUCACGAUGCAGAGAAAGCCAGUCAGGAAUUGAAUGAAAAAUCAAAUAAUAGCGAACAAAAUGAUGAAAGAAAUGUAUCUGAAGAUAAUGAAGAUCAAGAAAAUGAUGAAGAAGAAAUGGAUGUUAGUCAAGAAAACGAUGAAGGGAAUGAAAGUGACAAUACACCUGAAGCCAUUUUAAGCAGAGUUGAUGAAGAAAAUGAAAGUGAAGUCAAUGAGGAGAGUGAGGGUGAAGAUGUUAAUGAAAGUAACGAAAAUGAAGAACAAAACGAAAGUCAAGAGGUCGAAGCAGAAGUUGAUGAAAGCCAAGAAAUAGAAGAACAAAAUGAAAGCGAACAAAUUGAGAACGAAGCUGAUGAAAGCCAAGAAGUUAAUGAAGAGGCUGAUGAUAGCAAAGUUGAAGAAAAUGAUUCUGAAGUCGAAGAAGAAAACCAAGAGGUUGAGAAUGAUGAGGAAGAGGAGAAUGUAGAAAAAAGCCAAGAAGUAGACAAUGAAGAAGAAAAUGAGGAGAGCCAAGAAAUAGAAAACCAUGACGUAAGUCAAGAAUCAGAACAUGAAGUAAGUCAAGAAGUAGGACAUAAAGUAAGUCAAGAAGUUGAGAAUGAUGAGGAAAGUCAACAAAUAGAAGAGGAGGUAGAAAAUCAAGAUGAAGAUGACGACGAGGAUCAAGAGGCCGAAAAUGACAAUGAACAUGAUGAAGAAGAAAAUGAAGAAAGCCAAGAAAUAGAAAAUGACGAAGAAAAUCAAGCAGAAAGUGAAGCUGAAGUAAACGAAAGUCAAGUAGAAAGUGAAGCUGAAGUAAACGAAAGUCAAGAAAUCGAAGACGAUCAAGAAAUGGAUGACAGUGACGAAGCUGACAGAGCUAUCGCCAGUGAUCCGGAGAUUUCUGAUCAAGACGACAAUGACGCUGAUGAAAUAGAGGUUGAUGAGGAUGAUGACAAUAACGAGCAAGAGUCCGAAAAUGAAGAAACUGAAGAGAAUCAAGAAGAAACUCAUGAAGAUCAACAAGAACCAAGUGCGGAAGAAAUAGAAGAAUCACCAAAUGUGACUCAUGAUACCACAGGCAGACAUAGACAGAAAGUACUAAAAUCGCCUGAAGCGAUCUUACACGACAAGACUAACCAAAUGGACUCAUUCACAGCCAAAGGCCGAAACACUAGCAUAAGAAAAACAAAGAGCAUGAUCAAGAAUCUUAACAUCAGACCGAGUUUGGCUCCUCAAAGGGAUAGUUUGGCCUUUUCUGAUGGUACAAGGGACUCCAGCGCAGAAGGAUCAGGAUGGGACUCCCAUAGAACAACCCGCAAAACGCUACGACAAACUUUCGGAAAGGAUUUCACUCCUAGAAAGUCUCUAAGAGCUUUAGUCAUGGAGAAAUCAGCUAAAAGACAAACUGAACAUAUGGAUCUUCAUUCAGAAACUUCAAAAUACCCCCAGGCUAAUUCUACAGAGUUACCCGAGGACUCCAAUGGUCAUGUCGAAGAUUUUGUGGUGGAGUCUGACCACGAAGUGUCAAGGAGAACCCGGCAGACGACCUUAGAAAUGUAUUUACAGAAAAUCAAACAACAAAACAUUGAAAAUAAAGUUAGAAUGGAAGAACUUGUGCGCAAUUCAUUGAAAGCACCAGCAAGAGAUACAUUGAGCCUCUUCAAAGUGCCAUCCAAACCGGCGCCGCGUCGCUUGAAGUCCACACAAAAUAAGCCUAGAGCACAAGUCAAAAGUAUCACGGCAUUCGGCGAAUUACCCACGGAAGUCAUUGAAGAUAUGAAGUACAAACCGCCGAAGAGAUUCCAACCGACCAACGCGUCCUGGAUCACUAAGAGACUGUACAAGUUCUUGGAAACUAAAUUAGAACCUAAGUACGAUUACAAAGCGCGCGUGCGUGCUGAAAAGCUAGUAGAAACGAUAUACCACUUCGCAAAGGAUCUGCGACGACACGACGUAGCACCAACGGACGCGGUCGACGUACUAAAACAUGAACUAGCGAGGCUUGAAGUAGUUCAAACCCACUUUGAGUUUUACGAGUUCUUCCACGAGUUCAUGCCGAGAGAAGUUCGUGUUAAGGUGGUUCCCGAUAUCGUGAACAAAAUAGCUCUGCCCAGGCACGGAGUAUUCUCAGAUAUUCUAAGAGGGAACAAUGUACAAGGAUAA